CGAAAUGGCCUCUCCGAAUGAAAGAAUAAGUAAAAGCUCCGCUAGCUAAUGCUACAAGAAAUUAUACCAAGCGAUUAACAUGGGUAUUCCGAUUUUUUAUGUGUUUUCAACAUAUAUUACCUACUGCCAAAAAAAUAAUUCCAUGGAUCAUCCUUUUUUCUGAUAUUUGUUAAACACAGUACUGCGGUUGUAAACGUUGCAGAUGCACCCAACCAAACGAAAAAGUGUUUUCCACCCUGAACAAGGCCCAUUCGUAAAUUUGGUGGUCGUCGUACCAAGCAAAUCUCAUAUGCGGAUGUGAAGGCAGCACCUAAAUAAGCAAAUUUUCCUAGUCCUAUCAAUUUCUGAAAGGGCUCCUUUCCUUCGGUCUGAGAAUUGUAGUUAUAUUUUUUCAGACUGUAUUCGGACAUCGUGGCACUGCUAAAAACAUACAUAUAUGCAUACAUAACACACGUACAUAUAUAUAUAUAUAUGCAAUAAAAUAUUAAAAAGUUGAAGCAAAGAACAUUAAAAAGCAUGAAAAGAGAGGUCGGGUGUAUUAAUAUUUUAUGUCAGAGAAAAAAUCUGUCUAACACUACAUAACCAUUUUAUUCUCAUUCGUACUCUACAUAACCAAAGAAUUAUAUAUAUAUAUAUAUAUAUAUAUAAUAAUAAUAACCGAGCGAUUUAAUCAAAUGAGAAAUGAACAAACAUCGAAUACCUACUUUCGAAUGAUACAAUUACUCUUGUUUUAGUUCAAUUAUAUGAUUAAAAGACUAAGAAGAAACUUGCAUCCAACAAUUCCAAGGAAUCUUCUCACUAAUGAUAGCGCAACUGGAGAAUCCACCAUACGGAAGGGCAUUACAUAACAUCGACCAAUCGAAUACUUCCUUUAGAAAAGUAUGCACCAAUGAGGAGCAAUGUACGAAUAAAAUAGCUUGGCCGAUUUACGCAUGUCAAAUAAAAAUGAGUUUACCUAGGCCGAAGGAGAAGACAACAAUUUUGGACCUGUUAUGAAAGCAUACAAUCAUUUAUACGAAUCUAUAUUUAUCUCGAUUUCCUAGAAGAGACAAAAUGUUGCAUCUAAUCGUUAAGAAGACUUUACCAAAGAAUGUCUCAUUGGUCUACCUUGGAACAUUCAAUGCACAUCGUUCUUUAUGUAAUCAAAAGCAACAAAGUAUAAAUGCAAAUGUACCAGGACUUAGCGAUAAAUGUUACAAACUUCCUACAAAACUGGGACCAGGUGCAUCCAAAGAUAAAGAGUAUAAAAAUCCAGAGUACUUUUGUUAUCACUUAGAUUCAUUCGCAGAAGCGGAAGUGGAAUUAGAAAAAUACAGGUUACCAGCUCCUUCUAACAAAAGACCCUUCAAGCAAUGAAUGAUCAUUUAAAAUCUAUGAAAGAAACAAGUUAUUGUCGAUGGCCGAGGGAAUCGAAGGAAAUAAGCUUAUAGUUAUAUCUUAGAAAUUAGUGUUAUAUAAUGAAAAAAGUAUUUAAUAAAAAAAACUAAAAAAACAAUUAGCAAACGAGGUAUCCUCAGAAAAU